AUGUUUCCGCGGCUGCUUCUAGGGAAAAAGGAAUAUAUUGCCGCUGAGCGGCAUAUUCAACACUCAUUGACUUCCUCAUUUUGGAGAUUUUCCACUCCUCUCACUCGCAAGGUACCUGGAAUAUGGAUUCUCGUUGUCCGGCCCUUGAUCCGUCUUGGGUUCAGCUGCAUCGAUCACGGCUUGGCUGCUGCAUUUCGCCGCUCUGGUGGCAUUGUGCUUCUGGAUAUAUUGAUGGUUGUCUGCGAUGCGGGCUUUGGUUUGGAUGAAUCUACUUCUAGGGAGAGAUUCAAAAGAAAGAAUAACAUGGGAAUUCCCAUCAGACCAAGCGAUGCAACUCUGGUGGAAGAAAGGAAGAAAGAAGAGGCAGUCAGGCCGAUCCGCCACUUGUUGGCAUCUGCAGGUGUUGCUGCAGGGACUAUUAAUGAUCCGGUUGCCAUGAUGCCGCUCGCGCGGCCACGUUCUGGCAGCCAAGCCAGUACGAGGAUCAGACACGCGAACUGGUGUUGA